CAGUAUGAACAACAUCAGUGAGAUUCAGCCCAAUGCUUUCCACAACCUACACUUCCUCAGUGAACUGAGACUUUCGGGCAAUCACCUGAGACACAUCCCUGGCCCAGUGCUCCAAGGCCUCUACAACCUCAAAGUCCUGAUGUUGCAGAAUAACCAGUUAGAGAGAUUGCCCAGUGAAGACCCGUGGGAAUUACCCAAUUUACUCUCUCUGCGUCUGGAUGCCAACCUGAUUGUGGAGGUGCCAGCAAGGACCCUCUCGGGUAUGAGGUCCCUGCGACACUUGUGGCUUGAUGACAAUGCCCUGACAGAGAUCCCAGUAAGAGCCCUCAACGACCUCUCCUCGCUCCAGGCUAUGACCCUUGCUCUAAACCGCAUCACUCACAUCCCAGACUAUGCCUUCAGGAACCUAUCCAACCUGGUUGUGCUGCAUCUUCAUAACAACAUGAUACGGACCCUCGGACAGAACUGCUUUGAGGGACUGCACAGCCUCGAGACUCUGGAAUUGAACUUCAAUGACCUUCAGGAGUUCCCCGUGGGCAUUCGUACACUCGCCAAGCUUCAGGAACUGGGGUUCCAUAACAACAACAUUGAGGCCAUUCCCGAGAGAGCAUUUGUGGGGAACCCACUUCUGCAGACCAUUAAUUUCUACGAAAAUCCUAUUCAGUUUGUUGGCAGAUCAGCAUUUCAGUUCUUGCCAAAGUUACACACACUCUCUUUGAACGGGGCCACUGAGAUCCGAGAGUUUCCCGAUUUGAAAGGAACCAGCAGCCUGCAAGUUCUUACGCUGACCCGAGCUGGACUAACCGGCCUGCCAUUUGAUCUCUGCCACCUGCUGCCUAAAUUAAGAGUGCUGGAGCUGUCGCACAAUGCCAUCGAAGAGCUGCCGAGUUUCUACCGCUGUGCCUCUCUUCAGGAGAUAGGCCUGCAGCACAAUCUGAUCAAACAGAUUGAAAAGAACACAUUCCAACAGCUCAGCUCUCUGCGCUCACUGGAUCUAAGCUGGAACAGGAUCAGCACUACCCACCCUGAUGCCUUUUCCUCUCUUCAGUCGCUCAUUAAACUAGAUCUCACUGGGAACCGAUUGAGCAGUCUCUCGCUCACUGGACUAACAAGCCUCACUCAUCUGAAACUGAAAGGAAACAUGGCACUCUCACGUUCCUUCAGAGAGCAGGACUUCCCCAACAUAAGGGUUAUCGAGAUGCCAUAUGCCUAUCAGUGCUGUGUUUUUGGAGCCUGUAAAAGCUACAAAGCAGUCAGCCAAUGGGAAGGACAGAUGGGCAGUGAAGAGGAAGACCUCCAGAAGAAAGCUCAGUCCCUGUUCCCCAUUCACACUGACAGCAACUAUGACCUUGACUUAGAGGAAUUCCAGUUAGCUAUUGAAGAGUCCAAACUGCAAACCAGCAUACAGUGUACCCCCAUCCCAGGUCCAUUUAAACCAUGUGAUAACCUGUUUGACAGUUGGGUGGUCCGGCUUGGCAUGUGGCUCAUCUCUUUGGUCUCGCUGAUGGGAAACAGCUUUCUCCUCAUCACGGUCUUUGCAUCCCCCAGCUAUCUCUCCCCUGUUAAGUUCAUCAUCGGCACCAUCAGUGGUGCCAACCUGCUUACAGGCCUGUGUACCGGCACCCUGGCAUUGGUUGAUGCCCGGACAUUUGGAGAGUUUGCCCUGCACGGCGCUCAAUGGGAAAUGGGUGCAGGCUGCCAAGCGACAGGCUUUCUUUCAGUUCUAGCCUCGGAGGGCUCCAUACUCUUCCUGACCUUGGCUGCAGUGCAGUGCAGCGUGUCCGUGUCGUGCGCUCGAGCCUAUGGAAAGUCACCUUCGCUUGGAAGUGUGCGAGCUGCCGCAGUGGCGUGCUUGGCACUUUCGUUGGCAGUCGCCGCUUUGCCGCUAAUUGGGGUCGGGGAGUACGGGGCAACCCCGCUCUGCAUGCCAUCACCACUGCCGGACGGCGAACCUUCCACGUUGGGGUUCAUGGUCGCUCUGAUAAUGAUGAACUCCCUGUGUUUCCUGGUGAUCACCGGAACUUAUAUCAAACUGUACUUGGACCUGAUGAAGGGCGAGUUUGACAGCAUCUGGGAUUGCGCCAUGAUCAAGCACGUAGCCUGGCUCAUCUUCACCAACUGCCUUCUCUACUGCCCCGUGGCCUUCCUCACCUUCUCCUCCCUUCUGGGACUCUUUCCUGUGAGCGAGGAAGUUGUCAAAUCCGUCGUCCUGGUGCUUCUGCCUCUUCCUUCAUGCAUCAACCCCUUGCUCUACCUCCUUUUCAAUCCGCACUUCCGUGAAGAUGCACGCCUGCUUUUGAGCAGAGCUCACCUCCAUCAUGACCGCAACAUGGAUUCCUUUGUCUCUGUUGACACGGAGAAAAGCUCGUAUGACUCCACCCAAGCCUUGGUGUCUAUUCCCCCUGAAGCAGAUGCAGGGUUCAAGAGUUCAUCGACACCAAACUCCGAGACAGUUGCCCGUUUUUCUAGCCCACCCUCAGUGCCUCUUAUCCCAUGCCAGAUGCAGAUGAACCCCUCAACAGAGAGGGAUAAUGUUGCAGAAAACCUGGUCAGGUCAACAGCAGGACUCAAAGAGCAAGAGGACCUCAGGAGCAGUGGACUGGACACUCAUAAUGGAAGCUCCCUCUCUGGAGUCUACUACUCCAUGCAUCUCUCAACUCAUUUUUAAUUCUUCUCUUAAACUGUUUAAGGACCCUUUUAGCACUAGUCAUGAGCCCAAAUAUGAACUGACCCAUAAAAACCUUCAGAGCUAGUGAACAAUGAACUAUUUGGGACUAUAUAUAACCAUAAUGUCCCAACUGCUACGGCAUUCUUAAAGAAAAGGAAAGAAAGCCUAAGCAUCUUGUGGGCCCUUAAGUAAUUUAAGCAACAAUCUUAAAAUAUUCAAAAGCAAACCUCAUUCAGUUUGUGUAACUUGUUUUGUAAUGAGAUUUAAAGGAAUCUUCUGGGUUUAAUAUAAUUUCCAUCCAUGGAAUAUUGAUUUUCACAGAAAAAAAUAAUAAUUAUAUAUUUUGACUGUAUUUAAACAAAAAGUCAUGCAUUAUGUACAUACAAUGGACGUCUAUGAAGCAGAGUACUGCACUGGCAUAAAAAUUGUAAUUCACACUGCUUCUACAAGACCAUAACAAAAAGACAAAUCCAACGACAGAAAUGUUGUUGGUUAUGCAAAACCAGAAAUCAAUCCACCAACAGUGUGGUCUCACAUCUCAUGAGCAUUGCAUUUCAUUCUUUUGAACAUGGGACAUUCCUUUAAUUAGGAUAUAUCACAGGGAUGUACAAGGAGUUAUGCAUCUAAAUAUUUCAAUGUGAAAAAUGUCUUUACAAAAUGUUCAAUUCUUAUGUACUCAAACUUUUAUGCAUUCAUUUCCAAGUGUGUAUAUAUCAAAGUAUCUUUAAUUAUUUGCAAGUCAUGACUUGCUUACUUUCCCCUAGUGAAUUAAUAAUUAAAAUAAUAAUAAUAAAAUCAAAAAAGGUAAAUGCAUAUCAUCAAAUAAUAUUUAGUCUAUUGAAAAACAAUGACAAAAACCAUAUAAGCUAAAACGUAUUGCCAGAAACAUACUCUCUGCAAGUACUCAAAAGCCUUGGUCAACGCUCUGUAAGCUCCAGUUCAUGAUGUAUAUAUUUAACAUGCAUUGUAGCAGUAAGAAACCUUGAGGGGUGACAGAGGUACCUUCAAGUGUUUGUUCCAUUAAUGGUAACAGGAAGCUGGCUAUAAACAUGUUAAUAACUCAUUUUAACUAACUGACUUCUUCAAACUGUUGCUCCACCAUGACAGAAGUAAAAAUGCACCAUAGAUGACAUUAACCUAAUUCAUACCAUAAUCCAUGAAAGUAACUCUGAGAAUGCAAAACAUGUAAAAAAUGUUAAAAUACAAACAUUUUCAAAUGUUUUGGUAAUAAUUUGCGAUGCAACAUGUUUCAGAAUUAAACAUUGCAUUAAACUCAAGUUUGCAUUACUAGAAGCAUUUGCAUUCAUGUACUUGCAUAGACUAUGUUUGACCUUCACGCUAUUUUUUUUUUUUUUUGUCAAGUCCACAGGAUUAAGAUAUAUUGAACAUGUCGACGCUAUGAACUGAAGAUUAAGAAGAACUAUGAGCGUUUUUAUUGGGUUGUUAUAAAGCUUGGUCAGGAUCUUUUACAGUUUGUAAAGUAGGCUAGCUAUUGUAUUGUAAACUAUAACUACCUCUGAUCUAGCAUGCUAUACCUUUUUUUUCUUAUUGAUUUAUAUUCUUUUUAUAUUAAAUGUAUAUUAAAAUGUAAUUUUUAUAUUGAAAAUUUUAAGAUCUUUGUACAACAGACACUUCUGGAUGUAAAUAUUUUCAUAUUUCUGUAUACAUGUGACAAAGAAUGAUUUAAUAAAGUUAUUAGUUUCAUAAA